AUGCCUUUCUUAUACACCGCGAGGUCUGGUAAGCUGAAACGCAGACCCAAGGCCUACCAAUUACCAACCAUCCACGACCUAGAGAAUCUCAUCGGCGGAGCCUACAAACAUGGUGACUCCGAUCUGGACAGCGACUUCUAGCCAAUCCACACUGAAACCCCCAGAACCAUGGGGAGAUGUACACAAAAGACUUACCCCGGCCCUUCUGCAGAACAGCCCAACAUCUGCGCCUUAUUACAGCGCCAGGCGCAGUCUAUAAUGGCUCCCACCACACAGACGCCAUCAUGCUCACCGGCCCACUCAUCUAGUCAAACGGAGCUGGACACUGAAAGCACCAUGCCGGCAACCAUUGCUGCACGGGGCGACAACACACUUGCUACCAAGCGAGACCUACAAAACUGGUUUCAGGACAUCCAGGAAAUGCUGUCUGCUGACAUGGAAUAUUAA